CGGUGACCACGAGAAUCUCCACUAAAGAUGGCGUCCAAGUUUCCUUCUCUAGCAGAGGUAGCCGAGAUGGACCUUGUAGAGCUCUCUGAAUGCGCAGAGGAGCUCAGAAUUGAAGGUUGUGAUCUUUUCAAAAGCGAUGAAGAAUACCGGGAAGUUAUAAUUCGCUUCAUUCAGUCUGCACAUCAAGCGAGAUCGUAUCCGGCUGCACACGACGUUGAAGAGGUGUGUUUACCGUCGGCCGCUGCAGUGGCUGAGAUGGAUUUGAUGGAGCUGACGGUUUGCGCUGAAAACCACAAUAUCGAGGGCUGGGAAGACUUCGAAACUGCUGAUGAUUUUCGUGAUGCUAUUUUCAAAUUGAUGGAGAAAACACAGAAACCGAAAGCUAGAAAGAAGUUCCAGUUAACGCCAUUUGCUGCCACAUCUGGUAUAUUUGAAGAUUUCAUGAAGAAACGGGAUCGUGUUGAAACUUUGGUAUUGAACACAAAGAAACUGGUUGAAUCUGAAAGUUUGGGUCCAUGGCAAGAGAAGUUGAACCUUUCUAAGUUAUCUACCUGGAUGAAACCUGCAGACUUCACUAAAGCAAGUGACUCAAUUACCAAAGGGAAGCCUGUGCUACUAGUUGCAGGAAGUACAUCUUCUGGUAAGAGCACUUUGUUGAAUGCACUUUUGGGUGCUUCAAUUCUCCCUACCUCUUACAAUGCCGCAACAUCAGUAUUAUGUGAAAUCAGCUGCUCUAAAGAUGGCAGUAAGUAUGCCUUGCUGCACAUGCAUGGACGAAAGAAAAAAGGACCAAUGCGAUUGGAUCUGGGAAAACAGGAUGGGCAAGACAAGUUUAGAAAGUAUGUUAGCCCUUCAAGGAACCAGUUCUUUGCAGGAGGAAAGGAGAAACGAUGCUUGAAAGCUGAAAUCUUUUGGCCACUUGACUUUCUACGAAAUAUUACUCUAUUGGAUAGUCCUGGAGUGACAGAGGAAGAAGGGGAAGAUGCAGCAGCACGACAGAUUGUUCAUCAGUGUCAGAAUGAUGUUGCUUGUGGUUUCAUAUAUGUGCUAAAUGGGACAAUUGCUGCAGAGGAGGGAGCACAGGUGGGAGGUCUCCUCAAAGCCAUUGUAAAGGGUACUGCACGGGUACCUCCACCUGAUGCAGCAAUCUUUGUUAUCAACAAGUGGGAUAUCCUGUGCACACAACAGAAGCCAGAUGAGAGGGAAAAAUUCUUGAAUCUAAUGAGGCAUGAAAUUGCCAGUCGCUGGCCUGGCUUCAAAGAUCGACAACUGAUUACAAUGGAUUCCAGACUGGCAGCUCAGAUGCGAGAGCAGGGUGUAACUACAUCAGAUCUUCAGCAACUUUGUAAUGCAAUCAGUAAUGUUCUACCAGUAGGAAUGGACUACAUGGUUAUAAGAUCGAUCAAUCCAGUCCAGUCCCUUACUAUUAUGAUUGAGAACCAUCUUGAAGAGGCAUUGUAUGCUCUCAAUUUGCCAAAUGAUGAGCGUAUCAAGAAAUGGCACAAUGACUGGGAAAGAUUCAAUACUUUCCGUCGUUCUAUGGAGAGUGGUCGAAUAGCAAUGAUACGUAACACUAUUCAAGUUGAAAUCAAAUCACUGGUGGAGAAACUCUCCAAAUAUUUGAGGUCUGAUGAGGCUAAGAGAAUUAUUUUGAAGUGGAAGAAGGAAGAAUUGGAAGAAACAGAACAAAAGAUGUUUGAUGACAAGCAGACGGAAGAACUUAUACGUGAACGUUUUGUAAAGGCCAUAACACAGUCUGCAUAUUUCCUUGAUUUCACUCGCUGGGCCAGUGGUUACAUAAUGGAGGAAGUACAGUCUGUCAUGAAAGAACUGAAAGAUCUUGAGGUGGCUGUAUCAAACGUUACCCCCACACGUGAUCCAGGAGAGCUUCUACGGAAAUUUGGGCAAGAAUUAGGAGAAUAUGGAGGUAUGCAGAAAGCUGCUGCUGUCGCACUAACAGUAGCUAUGGUGCUUGUAGCUCCUGUUGUUCUUGCUCUUGGUACUCUGCAAGUAACACUUUUGCCUCUGUAUAAACUUGCUGACUUCAUCAGUUCUAUGAAUGAAAGGAAAUUCAGAAGGACUUUGGAACAAGGGUACAAGGAACUUCUAGAUAGGUCAUUUGAGAACGACUUUUCACUUCUAACUGACACGGUGAAGAAUAUUGUUAUCAAUGCUGUAGAGCCAGUCAAGCUGACGUUUCGAACUAUUCCAGAACGUAUUGAUGAUCUCAAGCAGCGACUAGACUCAAGAGCUAAUCAUGAAGCUGCUGAUAUUCCAUUAUUUGAAAGGGCCCUGGAGCAAGUUAGGCAAGUCAAUGGCUCUUUGGCUAAGUUUGAACUGGAAAUGAACAUUCAUGAAUUUCGAAUUAAUGACAUUAGCUGGCCAAACCCUAGAAAAACCCCACAGUCAAGAGGAAGCUAUGGAUCAGUGUUUGAUGUCUCUCUUCCUGGCAACAAAAGGGCUGUUUUGAAAAGAUUACCUGAACCAAUAACAGAAGGAAAUGCUGGUGAUCGAUUAAAGAAGCUUCUGACUUUGAGGAAGUCCAAGAAUGCAAAGAAUGUUGUCUCAUUUCUGGGUUCUGUAUUGACAUGCCGCUCUCCACUCACAUUGGACCUUCUGUUUGAGGAUAACGGAGACCAAAGUCUAGCUGAUCUGAUUUUUGGCACAAAUUGGGAGUUGCCAUCUCAGUUUGAUGGUUUCAUGAAAGCCAAAGAUACAGCAAUGCAGAUAGUGGAUGGUCUGGAGUUUCUACAUGAAAACGCCAUUGUCCAUGGCCAUCUUUCUCCAGACACAAUACUGGUUACCAGGCAAACUUGUGGUGUAGUCAAGUUGACUCAACCUAGUACAUCACUUCCUGUAGUAAAUGAGGUGACUCUAAUGACUCCUUAUUUGGCACCAGAGGUUCUAAGAAAUGAGAUGAUUCGUCAAUCAUCUGACAUUUACAGUAUUGGUGUUAUUUUCUGGGAGAUGCUCAAUGGUAGACGAGCAUAUUUGGAUGCUGAUCUGGAAAGUAUGGGUAUUAAUGAGUUCGUCAGUCACCUCAGUACAGACAAAUUCUAUCCAGGAAUGUCAUUAUCAGAUAAAUCAGAUCAUAGUAAUAUAGAAAUGAGUCCUAUUGCUGCUAGCUGGGAUGCAUUGGCUCGAAAGUGCUGGUCAUCUGUAGAACGGGAGCGACCUUCUCUUAGUGAAGUCAAAGACUGUUUCAAUGCAAUGGCAGAACAGUCAAAUAGGAAACGAUCACAGACAGCAGAUGAUGUAGCAACUGUUGUAGGCGACAAAGAUGAAAAGAGAAAAUCUGCACCAUGCUCUCUUACUCAUGCAGAGCAACCAUCUCAAAUGAAGACUCUUGCUAAAUCUGAAGUGCACAGUGAAAGCAAGGAAGCAGUUGAGUUAAAUGCUGCUGAAAUAGAAAAAGAACACGAGGGCAUCAAGUCUGGAUAUGCAGUAGACCAAGUUUCAGUGAUACAGUCCUUGCCUCAACAGAUGGCAGACAACAAGCUUCAAAAUUGUGACUCCAAGUCUGAGGUGGAUGACCAGAAGCUAAUUAUUGGGAACCUGAAAAUGCAAAUUAGUGCACUUACAAAGUCCAAGCAGAAUGUAGAAGCUGCAUUAUUUGCCAGUGAAGAGAAACUGAAAGAACUUAAUGGCAUGAGCCAUAUUAACCAAGAGUGCCUGAGCGUGUCAGAAAUCAGUAUUGGGUGUGGAAGUUUGGGAGAACGACGAUUAGCAAAAUGGAAGGGUGUGUCAGUCGCUGUGAAAGUUCUUGACACUCGCAGUCUGUCACACCAGAGUUUAAGGCAUCUUGCUGAUGAUCUUGCUGUGACUAGUCACAUUCGUCAUCCCAAUGUGGCCUCAAUAUUUGGCAUAGUGAUGUCUGAUGGUUUACCUUCUCAAAUUGUUAUGGAGCUGUUAGAAGGAUCGGUAUCAGAUGUGAUUGCAGGAGCUGCCCUCUCUACCCAAUACCUGACAUUACGAGAACAGGUGGACUUUUCUACAGAUAUCACAUGUGGUCUUGUUCAUCUUCAUGAAUUGAAACCAAGAGCUAUUGUCCAUGGUGACUUACGACCUAGCAAUGUUCUUGUUUCUGCUACAAUGGUAGCCAAAAUUUCUGAUACUGGUUUUUGGCGAGUAUUGGGUUCAUCUCUUCCGUCUGGUAUUUCUCUUGCACAUGUGCCUCCAGAGAGGCUUCCAUCACAGUCCAGUGUGGUACCUCGUGCAACUGUCAACUCUGAUUUAUAUGGUUUAGGUGUGACAUUGCUAGAGAUAUUCUCGGGUCAGCCAGCCUCAAAGCGAGAAAGAGAGCUGCAACUGAGUGAGAUUACCGUUGAUAGUGUCAGGCAGCUUUGCACUGAACUGACAGGUGAGAAUCCCAAUUCUCGGCCAACAACACGCAAUGCCCAAGCUGUUCUGGAAGCUAUCAGGGGUAGUUUUCAAUACCAACAAGCUCCAAGAAAACGAUUAGUAAAAGGCAAGUCUCAAGGCGGUUUAGCUGUAACUCUAGUUGACUCCCCAUGUAAGUAGCAAAGAUCUAGCUGACUUUAUUAAUUAGUUAAUUAUUAUUCUAUUGAGCUGAGCUAGGGAUGGGCUUGUGUAAAAAAUUUUAGUGCAAGGAGGUGUGAUGUGGUUUUCUUGGGGGGCUUGUAUUCUAACUAAAUAGAAAUAUCAAUAGUAACGGAUAUACAAGUACCGUCAA